AUGUACGCCCUGGUUCGAAGUAGAUUGACCACUGAUGGACACUUGGUGUCUGAUGUGGAGGAGCGCACAGCCUUCAUUGGCAUGGGGGCUGGCAUCGGAGCGGCAGCCGGUGGUAUGGGAGCCUUCAUGCUCUGCGCGUCCAAAUGCCCGGGAGGCAUAGGAGGCUCGCUGGGAGGCAUGCUGGGUUCUAUGAACCCCAUGAACCUCAUGCCAUUCGGCUCCAAGAAAGAGGAGAAGGAAGCGUCGGAAGAUAAGGAUCCUCAAGAGAAGAUGCAGAAGCAGCUGAGUUACAUCGAGAAGGAGAUUUGCAACAUGAACUGCAAGAUGGCCGGGUUGAUGGGCGCCGCCGCGGGUGGAGCUGCCGGCCACGUCGUGGAGAAGAAGCUGAAGGAGAAGAACGAGGCGGAGGCUGCAGCAGAUCAGGAGCAGCAGCAGCAGUACGCGGCGCCGCCACCUCCGCCUCCGAAGGGGGGAGGCAAAGGCGGAUAUUAUGGUCGUCCCCCUCCUCCUCCGCCAGGCUACUACCGGCACCCCCCGCCUCCGCAACGGCGCCCGCCGCCGUACUAUCACCGUCAGCAAAACUCCUUUAUGUGA